GACUGUGGGGAGCUUGACAGCAGCUGUCCGGGCGCAUUGAGCGCACACGUCGCUCUCUCCACUACAUCGCACCACUGCGGUAGCGGCGGGAACGCAGCAGCAGCAGAGGAGGACCCGGCAGGCUCACUCCACUUGUUUCCUGCACGACAAAAUCCAGGUGGCGAGUGUGCGUCUCUCUGCCCACUUCAUCGCAGAGGAGGACUUUACCUGAGAGGACGCAGCAACAGCUCCCAGGACAAUUCUUCCUGCAGCCCGGCGAGAGCGAAGCCCGGACAACUUUUGGCUAUUUUAGCCGAGUGAUUUUUUUAACCACAUCUCCGUAACCUUGGAAGUCAGACCUGAUUAUUGUGAGAGGAUGGGACCGCUGCUCAUUUCCAUCGCGCUGUGUCUGAGCGCCGCUGUCCCACAGCACGCGAAAGCAGCAGAUGGUGAGGAACCAACUUCAGCAGGCCCAUGCCAUCCAAACCCUUGCCACAACAGAGGAACAUGUGAGAUCAGCGAGACCUACAGGGGCGACACCUUCAUUGGAUAUGUGUGCAAGUGUCCACCAGGCUUUAGUGGAGUCCACUGCCAACAUAAUAUUAACGAAUGUGAAAGGGAUCCAUGUAAGAACGGGGGCAUUUGCACAGAUCUGGUCGCCAACUAUUCCUGCGAUUGCCCCGGGGAGUACAUGGGCAGGAACUGUCAAUACAAAUGCUCUGGACCACUGGGCAUGGAGGGUGGUAUAAUCUCCAACCAACAGAUAACAGCCUCUUCCACCCACCGCGCUCUGUUCGGCCUGCAGAAGUGGUACCCGUACUUUGCACGCCUCAACAAGAAGGGCCUGGUCAAUGCUUGGACUGCUGCCGAAAAUGACAGAUGGCCGUGGAUCCAGAUAAACCUGCAGAGGAGAAUGAGGGUCACGGGCCUAAUUACCCAGGGUGCAAAGCGUAUCGGCAGCCCAGAGUACGUCAAGUCUUACAAAGUGGCUUACAGUGAUGACGGGAAGACCUGGAGAACAUACAAAGUCAAGGGCAAAGAUGAGGAUAUGAUUUUCAGAGGAAAUGUCGAUAACAACGCUCCGUCAGCCAACUCCUUCACCCCUCCCAUUGAAGCCCAGUAUGUGCGCAUUUACCCCCAAGUCUGCAGGAGGCACUGUACCUUACGCAUGGAGCUGCUCGGCUGUGAGCUCACAGGCUGUUCUGAACCACUGGGAAUGAAAUCAGGCCACGUCCAGGACUAUCAGGUGACAGCCUCGAGCAUCUUCAGGACACUCAACAUGGACAUGUUCACUUGGGAGCCCGGGAAGGCCCGUUUGGACAAGCAGGGCAAGGUCAAUGCUUGGACAGCUGGACAUAGUGACCAGUCACAGUGGCUACAGGUGGACUUGCUUGUGCCAACCAAGGUCACGGGGAUCAUCACCCAGGGAGCUAAAGACUUUGGUCAUGUCCAGUUUGUUGGCUCAUACAAAAUCGCUUACAGUAAUGAUGGAGAGCGGUGGAGUGUAUAUCAAGAUGAGAAGCAAGGGAAGGAUAAGGUAUUCCAGGGGAACUUUGACAACGACACGCACAGAAAGAACGUGAUAGACCCACCCAUCUACGCCCGGCUCGUCCGGAUCCUUCCCUGGUCAUGGUAUGGCAGGAUCACUUUGCGUGUAGAAAUACUCGGAUGCACAGAGGAAGAGUGAAGUCCUUUCCUCCGUCUUUCUCGCCAUCAUCCCCUGUCCCUCGGCAUACUGGAGCGUCAGCGCUUCAGAAAUAAACUGUGCAACCUGUAAAAAGAAAUCAAUUUCCAAUGGAUUUUUCAAGAAUAAGUGUUUGGUUGUGGUGGGUUGCUGUUUGUUCUUUUGUACAAUGAUUUAAAAACCUACCCCCCCCCCCCCCCCCCCCCCCCCCCCCCCCCCGUUCCACUUUUGUCUUUUCGUUUCCUAUUUAAAGCGUGAUCCUUGUCUUUUUAUUCCUUCUCAAGAUUUGCCAUCCUGUUUGGAAUGAACUUCUAUAAUAUAUAUUGGAGGGGUGGGAUUGGGGAGCGGAGUCACAACGGGGGUCUCACUGUGGUUUUACCUUGUUGCCAUGGAAGCUAUUGUACAGUGUCACUUUUUAACAAAGAUGUGAAAUCUGUCUGUCGUGCUUCAUUGGACAUGAUUAACCAACUUCAUACCAUAACUAAAAACGGUCUAAAAUGCCAUGUAGAGAUGGCAUUUUAUCACAUUAUCAAAUAUAUUUUUACUUUGAUUACUACACCUCCUCAAGCCAUGCUUUUACGCUAAUGGACACUGGCAUUACUACAUCAAUCAGAACACUAUUAAUUCUCUUGUAUUAUAUGUAAAAGACUAAGAAAUUGCAUGGUGCGUGAAUUAUAAAUGUAUAUUAUGACGAAUCAUUUAAAAUCUCCAGCCCUGAGAGCAAAAUGGCUUUGAUUUAGGGACCUAUUUUUAUGUGCAUUUUUAAAUAGUUCUGAAACAUUACAACACACUGCAAAAGCUUAUUAAAGAUGACUGAUAUGUGAGACAAUAAACAAGCACUGCAGUUGAAAGUGGCGCUGCAGCACUGACACUGAGGCUUAUAGGCUCUACCUAGUUGAAAUGUUUUAAUGCUCUCAUCAGGAGUUUCCUUUCUUUUGUAACAAUUUGAUUAUCGCUAGACUUUUUCUAAGAUAUUUGGUAAUAUUGUUUGUGCUUGUUCUUUUUUUUGUAUUUAUUUCAGUGUUUCGUUUCUUUUGUCUCAGCUGUCAGACUCAUAAAAUCCGUGUUUAAUGUCCUCGUGUCGUCUCGGAGAUCUCAGUUGAAUCAAUUAAAAAGCUCAGGAUAGAUGUCAGUCAUAAUAACCCACAAUGUAUAAUUUUAGGCCACCUAUGAAGAUUUCUGUGUAUUAUUAUUUAAAGAAAACAUGAGUGGAACAACUAUUUAAAUCGUAAAAUAUACAGAAUUCAAUUGCUGAA